AUGCUACAGAGCACGCCGCAAUGCUUCGACAGGUCACCGCUCCACAAUCUGCAGUUGGACUACGUCAAGGAAUUCCUGGCAGCGUACCACAGCCGUGGCAUACCGACUUUUACGUUUUUCUGGAACGUCGAUCUGGCACAUGAAUAUCUGAAUACCCUGAAAGUGGCGGACAGCGAUUUGGCGGGUUUUCUGCAGGACAACCAGGAACUACUCGAGAACACGAUAGUCCUCAUGAUAUCUGACCAUGGUAACCGCUACGACGCGAUUCGAGAAACGAUUGUCGGUCGUCUUGAAUCCCGAAUGCCGAUGCUGUCCAUUAAACUACCAAAGAAAAUGAUCACCAAACAUCCACACCUCCUCGCCAACCUCAAGCACAACGCCAAGGUGUUCACCACCCAUUUCGAUACGCACGAACUUUUCAACGACGUGUUGCUGAACAACUACGCCUACGCGUCGAACAGCUCGAGGAGCUUUUCGUUGCUCGGAGAAGUGCCGGCGAAUCGCACGUGCAAGCAGCUGAACGUGCCGGAUUCCUUCUGCCCAUGCUACGAGGAGCUCGAGCUCGAGCCAGCGAGGGGGCAAGAGGUAGCCGAUUAUCUACUCUCGGAAGUGAAUCGGCUUCUCGCCGAUGGUCCCGAUAAAGGUAAAUGCGCGGUGAUGAAACUGGCCGAGAUCCAGUCUGUGUCGGUGAGACUACCGCCUAAGGCUGUUAUGGAAGAAAAUUCGAUGGGAAAGCAGCCGCCAUCUGGGGCGAUAACGAUUAUCUACAGGAUCGCGUUGCGUGUAGCGCAACCAUCAAACGCCCUGCUCGAGGCCGUCGUCUUCCGCGAUUUGACGAAAAAGACCUGGAAAAUCGAUGGGGACAUUGAGCGGAACAACAAAUAUGGCAACACUUCGGCGUGCGUCGUCGAGAAACAGCUGCUCAAACUGUGCCACUGCAUUAAC